AUCCCUACUUCUAUAUUAUUUGUACUAUCCCUUCGUUUCGUUGCCCAUCUUCUGUAGCUGCUUCUUCUUCUUCUUCUUCUUCUUCCUCCUCCUCCUCCUCCUCUGUCGUACUCCCCUUCUGUUCCCUUGGUCUCUUUUUUUCUUGGCUCUCUCUGUAUUCCACUCAUUGUUCUUAGAUUUAUGCAGAGAAAAGAAGUCAUUUUGAGAGGUGAUUUUCAUUACCAAAACAUAUGUGUAAAUAUAUGUCACAGAAAGCUGAUUGAGUGAGGUGAUUUGAGGGAUCAAACCAGAAUUUGUUCCAGCGAUUUUAAUCCUUUGGAAUAUAUACAUGUCGAUGAGAUAUCAGAGAGUAAGCAGCCCAGAUGGCGUUGCUUUGAGCAAUGGGAAGAAGCCCAACAUCAAUGGCAGAAUUCUCAACCCGACUACCAAUACCACCAGAACAAAUGUGAAUGGCACCAGUUGUUCUACUUUGGAAACCAAAGGCUUCAGGUUCAGAUCCCCAUCUAGAACAACCCAAGACCAUAUCAACACUUUCGAAGCUGCACCCACUUCUCCCCAGUCUGAUAACCACCACCACCACCAGCAGCUCCAUGAUCCCCCAUCAGCAGCGAAGAACCACCAGACCCAGAACCCGAAGCGCGACAGGAGUCCAAGUCCCUGUGCGAGUGCGAGUCCCUGCCCGGGCCGGGGUGCCGGCGGUGUUAAUGGAGACAUGUUACUGCAGUGGGGCCAGAGAAAGAAAGCAAGAGUCUCAAGAACCGAGAUCCGGGUGCUAACUGAUGACUCGGCAUCAUCGUCGUCGUCGUCUGCUGCUAUCAAGGCCCAAAGGAGACUCGCACCCGUCACAACGAUGCCGCCCCCGCCGCCUCCGCCACUGCCCUUUUCUUCCGCUUCUACUCCUAACGCCCCUACCAGACCCAGAAGGGAAGCUUCUGCCUUUCUUUCCAACAGGAAUUUGGAGGAGCGAUCUGGUUCUGGAGCAAACGGGUCACCAUCCAGAAACGGUGGCAGCGGUGGCCGAGUGUUGCCGAGAUCUAUGGCCGGAAAACGAUCUCCUCCUCCGGAGAAACUUGACAGAAAGAUGCAUCCUUAUUCUGGGUCUGCAAAAGAUGAGAAGGAGAAGCCAAAUGGAUCCUGUGAUCAUCUUGAUUCUGCUAAUCAAGCACACUCAGAGCAGGAAGCUGGGCCUACUAACACUGCUGCUCCAUUGAUUGGAGGAGGAGGAGAAAAGGUGAAUGCUGAAGUGACUGAGUGGCCCAGGAUUUACCUUGCUCUGUCGAGAAAGGAGAAAGAAGAUGAUUUCCUUGCAAUGAAAGGCACAAAACUCUCUCAGAGACCCAAGAAAAGAGCCAAGAACAUUGAUAAAGCUCUCCAGUAUUGUUUUCCAGGGAUGUGGCUGUCUGACUUGACAAGGAAUCGAUAUGAGGUUAGGGAGAAGAAAUGUGUGAAGAAGCAAAAGCGAAGGGGUCUGAAAGGAAUGGAGAGCUUGGACAGUGAAUCUGAGUAGCAAAUUUUCCAGUCAAUUCCGCUUCAAGAUUGAUUUUUUUCUUUUUUUUAAAAAGUGUAAAGAUCACUCUCUCUCAACCCUUCUCCCAGACCAGAAGUCCGAGCCUAAAUUAUAUUAUGUUGGUUCAUAGUAGGUGGGGGGUAGGGGCCACCAACAACCUUUUGCAAUUAAUAUAUUUGGCCAUUUACAAUGUAUCA